UCAGUCUGUGGGAGGGGAGGGUUUCAGUGAGAGCGAGAGCUUUUACUGUCAGCUCGAGCUCAACGGGCUUCUCCCAGUGCUCCGCAACACGUCGACGUGAGCGUAUCGUUCACUGGUGAUCAUUUAAAUUGACUUAUUCCCAUUUUUAACCGGGAGAAAGUCCCAUUCGAUCAAAACUACACGUGAGUGAGUGCUAUGGACACGUGGGUAUCAACAACAAGUCACCAACAUCACGAGCCCUCAGACAAAUAUUUUUACCAAUGAUUUAGUUAUUUUUGAAAGUAUAAUUUAUUAAGUCUAUUUUUACCAUAGUUAAUGUACAAAUGAACUAUUUGAGACGAUGUGAUUAAACAAUUGCGUCAUUGCAAGUAGAGGAGGAGUUGAUGGGGGGGAACAACACUUGCCAUGUGCCUGAAUAGUCUGGCAUACUUUACAUGUUCAUUGUGAACAGUUAUACCAACGAAAUGCACAUUCAACAGUAUUGGAUUCUCGUCAUUGUCUCGAUACAACUUCUCGCCACGUCAAUAGGUGAAGGGAUUCCGGGAUCAAACGGCGAUACUGGGGAUGGGGGGGAGUUCGAGGGGAUGACAAAUGCGUCCAGGGAGGACUUGGCCACUGGGGAGGAGGUGGAGUCGCUGAGCACGGAUGAGGGGUAUUAUGGGAGUACAAAUUCACCAGUAUCAGUGUCUCAAGAGCUCCAGCUUACAACUCUGGCAAAACUCACGAGUCCCGGAGUGCGAACCACCGAGGAUUUAUCGCUCGAUGAUAGUCUCCUGGGAACGUGUGAGACGUACACCGGAACCUUUUGUUCCCAAUAUCUGUCCAACCGUACAGUCUACAUCCUCCCUUCGUCAACCCAAAAAGCGAUGGACGAAAACCUCUCCCUCGCCUGGGACAGUCUCAACAAAUUAAUGGAGGACCCACCAACGUGCGUGCCCUACAUGACAUCCAUCCUCUGCUACUCCACAUUUUCUCCCUGCGCCUCCCCCGCCCUGAACCCUGUCCCCUCCCCCUCAAAAGGCAGUAUCUGUCGAGAGGACUGCGAAGUGAUGGAAACUUCCUGCGGAAAAUCUUACGAAGCAGCUCGCCGUCAUCCCCUCACGGGGCCAUCCCUCCUGGACUGUCCAGCCUCAGCCGUGGAAGGAGCUGAGGAGCAGUCCACCUGUAUCGUCCUGAUGCCCUCAGAUCCAGACCUAAACGAAAAAGACUCCUGUUAUUGGGGAAAUGGAGCUGCCUACAGAGGACUGAUCAAUACGAGUGCCUCAGGGCUUUCCUGUCUGAGAUGGACUCAUCAUUUUCCCCAGUCGAUAUCGGACUACCCAGAGCUAAAAGGCCAUCACAAUUAUUGUCGCAAUCCUGGUGGUACAGAGCCCCAGCCCUGGUGUUACAUAGACGUAGAUGGAGAAGCCAAGAAGCAGAGCUGCAGCAUAUCGAGAUGCAGCGACCAGUCGACAACUUCAAUGACUCCAGAGCUCCCCAGGAAGCUGAGCCAGGAGGGCACCUGUGAGAUCUACACGGGGAAAACGUGUGAGCAGUACGUGGGUAAUCAAACGGUCUAUAUUCCCCACCCGAUGACCCAGAAAAUGCUUGAGGAGAAGCUGAUGCAGGCUUUCGGUAUGAUAAACUUCAGUAAAGAGCUCUCCAGGAACUGCGCAGUGUAUGCGAAGCCAUCGCUGUGCUUCUCGGUCUUUCCGAUCUGUCGGGAGAAUCGAUACAGCACUGAGUUGUUUAACCUACUGCACGCGGGGGAUCAGCAGGACGCGGGAGAUGACGAGAACGAGGGGAGCGAUGAGCUGACACCACCGAGGAGCAUUCUCAGGAAGAGAAGUCCACAGAUCAGUCAUCGAUCGAGUCUGAAUGUGGAGCAGAACGAGAGGAUGAUUGGGAAGAGGUUUGGUGAGCCCAGGUCAGCUAGAAGGAAUUUGCUGAACAGGAAAUUGAGGAGGAUUUGUCGAGAGGACUGUGAGAUACUCGAGAAUGAGCUCUGUAGGAAGGAGUAUGCUAUUGCCAAGAGGCAUCCUCUCCUGGGGGGACAAUUUCCCCUGCCCGAAUGCUCUGAUCUACCCCUGCAUGGCACGAAGGAGUCCCAUGACUGUCUUUCUUUGGGGCUUCUUCUGGGAAAUAACGCGCAGGAAAAUGAUCGAUGCUAUUGGGGGAAUGGAUCCUCUUACAGGGGAGUAAUGUCUGUCAGUAAAUCAGGUCGUCCCUGUGUCAAGUGGUCGACGUCAACGUUCAAUCUACCGAUCUCCGAAUUUCCUGAGCUACAGGGCAGACACUCGUACUGCAGAAAUCCACCAGUGUCCGGCUCGAAUGACACCCAACCCUGGUGCUACGUAGAAGCCAACAAUAAAUUCCAGAAGGAGCCGUGUGAAAUCCCCAGGUGCGCUGACAGCCUUUGGAUCUAUGCUGUCAUCGGUCUCGCUCUUGCGUCAGGUUUUGUCUUCAUAAUUGGGUGCUACUGUUGCUGCUACAAGAGCCGAAAAAUUCGGAGGAGGCCCUCUCACAAUCUGCCGUCAGGUAAAAUGAUGACUGGGGUCCAGUGUGAUAAGAAUAUAUACGACGGGAAGAGGAACACUAGCCAACCGAUUGAACUGAGCUCUCUGUUGGCCAGUGGGAAUAAUGGAGGGGCUACGACCCCUGGUACAGGCACCCUCAGCAGCGCCAGCAGCAGAACAUCCACCAACAGAGUUCCUCAGUACUCACUCGAAAAUGUUUCACUGCUGCAGGAGCUGGGGGAGGGGGCCUUUGGAAAAGUGUACAAAGGACAAUUGCAGCCUGUACCUGGGGCAAAGUGUCAGGAGGGUAUCUAUGUGGCUGUUAAAACACUGAAGGAGAAUGCUACACCCAAGACCCAGAGUGAUUUCAAGAGGGAAGUAGAUCUUAUGACUGACUUGAGACAUCCCAACAUCAUUUGUCUUCUCGGUGUUAUUCUCAAGGGUGAGCCCAUGUGCAUGCUCUUUGAGUACAUGACACAGGGUGAUCUCCAUGAAUUUUUAAUCUGUCACUCGCCGAGGUCUGAAGUCAGUCUGAAUAAUGCAGUUGAAAAGGUCCUUGAGCAAGGAGAAUUUCUGCAUAUCUCUCUGCAAAUAGCCUCGGGAAUGGAGUAUCUGGCUGGCCAUCACUAUGUUCAUCGUGAUUUAGCGGCUAGAAAUUGUCUCGUUGGUGAAAAUCUCACAGUCAAAAUAUCGGAUUUCGGAUUGUCAAGGGACAUUUACAGCAGUGAUUACUACAGAGUUCAGUCCAAGAGUUUACUGCCUGUUCGUUGGAUGCCCCCAGAGUCCAUUCUGUAUGGGAAAUUUACGACUGAAUCUGAUGUCUGGAGCUUUGGAGUUGUCCUCUGGGAGAUUUACAGUUACGGACUGCAGCCGUAUUAUGGAUACAACAAUCAGGAGGUCAUCGAUAUGAUAAGGUCCAGGCAACUUUUACCCUGCCCUGAGGACUGUCCAACUAUGGUUUACAGUUUGAUGAUUGAGUGCUGGCACGAAGUUGCUAAUCGUAGGCCACAGUUUCCAGAGAUACAUCACAGACUGCACAAUUGGUACGUCAAUCAGACGUAUUUGAUGGGACAGAAGGGCUCGAGCAAAGUCGGCUCACCUGCUAUUCAGGGCAGGGGGGUCGAGGGGACACUGUCUAGGGGUGGUGCAUCACCGAAAGCAGGUCUGCCCAAUCAUGAACAUGUCAAUGUCAAUUCUGGAGUGGAGGAGAAAAAUUGCUGUUCACCGAAACUCAGUGGGGCCAGGAAGGUACUGCCCACUGGGCCACAGGUCAAAGCAUCGCCUAGCAGUAGAAUUCAGAAUGGCGCACAGAUGGUGGUGAGACUGCCAGAUCCUAGUAAAGAUAUUACAGAGACUAGGCUAUCAAAGUAAUUGGGAUUUUGCGUGAGAAUCUUUUAGUGUUGAAUAUGAAAGUGGAAUGAAAAAUAUUAGAUACGUCUUUUAUUAUUUCUAACAGUCAUAAGACGAUUAAAAAUAUCGGGCUGAUCUUUCCAGAGUAAAAAGAUGGGUGUCUAAUAUUUUUUUGAAAUUUUCAUAAUUCAUCGAUUUUUUUGCAUUAAAAACUCAUGCAACAACCCGAUUUUAAUGGAUGAAUGUUCAAUGUUUCACAUGUUCAUUUGGAAUGUUUGACACAUUGACUUCACUUGUUCUGAACAUAUUUUAUAGUUUUAUGACUUGGUUUGAGUUUCUGAGGGAAUGUGUCAAGCAUUGGGGAUCGACUGAUUAUUAAUCGUAUUUAUUUAUUUAUGGGGAAAUUUCUCGAAAAUUUCCUGUUCAUUCAAAAUGAAUAUCUGGUGUCUCGAGGAUAAUACAUUCGAAUUACGUGAAUGGAUUAUUAAUGCUCAGUAUAAAAACGAUAUACUACAAAACGAAAAUUGAAACAAUAAUUUAUGUGUUCUCUACAAAACAAGACGAGAAAUUGUUGUAAUGUCCAAGAUAACUGUGCGUGAUGUAUUUCUAUUAAAAAAAUAUUCGACGAUUCAACAAAUCGUGAAUUAACUUUUUCUCGGAUCUAUUGAGACUGCUGGAGUGACAAAAAGAUGAACUAUAUUUUACAACUUCUGGAGAAUCCCAGUGAAAUUGCGGAGGUGUGUAUCAAUUACAAAAAAAAAUAUGUACUUAAAGUUCAAGUUAAUUAAGACUAGUAUUUAAUCCUGAUGUAUUUCGAACCGACUGAUGAUGUGUGUACUUCUUUUGUAAUUUUUUAAAAAUCGAGGGGUGACCAUCAAUUGCCAUGUUUAUCAUUUUAAUAUUAUAUAGUCUACGUGAAUAAAUAAACAUAAGAUUUUUGUAUAUUCAGUAAGAAUAAAAUUAAUGUUCUUUUUUUCA